AUGAACCAUCCUGAACAACUGCAAAUCGUUUUAAAUAACUGCAACGGUUUAAUUGAAAAGAUUAAAUCGGAAAAAAUAUUAGAGUUUACAGAGAAUGAUCCAAUAAUACAGAAUUCUUUAUUUACACGUAUUUUAACCCCAACUCCAAUUAUACCAGACACCCAUUUGCAAAAAGAAAAUAAUACUAAAAAUGUCAAUCAUCAUAAUGAAGAUACUAAUACAAAUAAUACGCCUAUAACAGAAUUUAAAGAUGAAAACCAUUUGUCGGACCCUAAUUUAAAUAAUGAUGUGGUUAAGACUCUACAACUAAUGACGGAUUUAAUUAAUGAUUCGAUCAAACAAAUAAGGUAUUUGAAAUUCAAAAAUAAUAUUCUACAGACUAAUAAUCAUAAUAAUAAACCGGUGGCUAUUUCAAAUCCUUCAAAUUAUUCAACAUCAAUUAACUCUCUCCCAGCUAAUAGAGAUAAUGGCACUAGCACAGGAAAUAGUAGCACUUCUUCAAACAGUAAUAAUUAUAACAACAAUAACAAUUUAUUAAGACAAUUUGAACAAGUAGAUAAUAUUAAUACUGAAUAUAGAAAGGAAAAUAAAGUAUUAAAAGAAGAAAUUCGUAUUAGGACUGCUAAAGUAAGCAAAUAUAAAAAGAGAAUUAUUGAAAAAAAUAAAGAGAUUAAUAAACUAUUAAGAAUAUUAAAUGAUCAUUCAAUAUCUGAUGCUUCAAAUAUCAAACUGCGCUCAUUUUCUGAUACUUUGGAUGAUUCAAAUUCCAACUCUAAUUCUAAUUCUAAUUCUAAUUCUAAUUCUAAUUCAAACCUAAAUUUAAACUCAAAAGUAUCCAAUACUACAGAAAUUUUACCAUCAUCUAAAUCAAAUUCAAUUUCUAGUUUAAAUAUUAAAGCAAUAACGAAUCCUUCAAAUAUUAUGCCUCCAUUACAGCUAAAUAUUUCUCCUGUCGAAAAGACAUCACCUUCAAAUAUGCUAAAGACUUUAGGAUUUUUGGCCUCGCAGGUGCUUGGAACAACUACAAAUACUUCUCUAACUAAUUCAAACAAUAAUUCAACUUCAAACUCUACUACUUUACUGAACCCAUCCAAUACUGCAAAUACUACAAUAAUAGCUGAUGAAACAGAAAAUCAAUUCACGCCUCAAUCUGUUAAUAAAACGAAAGAUUUUAAUGCCACAGAAAUCGAAGUAAUACGUAGUCCUGAUAAUAGUUUAGUUCAAAUUAAUACUGCUGAAAUCUUGCCAAAAAUUAAUGAUAAUGAUAACAUUAAAAUUGACAAUCUGAAAACAGAAAAAGAUAAUGAAUCAACCUCUACAAAUUCAGAUAAAAACGAAUUACCCUCUUUACACUUCCCUACUAUGAAAAGCUUUAAGAAUAAGGCAGUUUUAAAUAAUGGUAGAACUUUAUAG